GCAGGAUAUUCGCCGGACUUCCCAUGACGAAUCAAAUGAUGCACAAUGAUAUACAUCAAAACUGUGAUGCGAGAACAACUUGAUGCUUUCUUUCCAAAGCAAUGACAAUGAGGAUAUGAUCCACAACAAUGAAGUCGCGAGGCCUUAAUUAGUUUCCGAGAAACUUUCUAUCGCGGGAAAGUCCCGACUGUGUUCUUGAGACAGACCACUUUACCAACACAACUUCCUCCAGUACGCAGCUCAUACUCAGCUCUGCACGAACUGUGACUAACCGUAAGUCCUGGCUGUUGGUAGUUCGAGUAACUGCAGCAGAAUGAGUCAGGAGAAGUUGCGCAUGCCUUACGGCCCGCCGGUGUCUGAAAGAGUCUCCCGCCGUGAGCGCGCGGCCGGCCGGCUCGGGUCGGUCCUGGGAGUGGUCGGGGCGACUGCGGUGUUCGCCUCCGCCGUGGUGCUGGCCGUGGUGUUUCACAACAUGGCGCAAAAUUCUAACAUCAUGGCGGAGAAGGUAAACAGAAUGGAGCAAGAGGUGAACAACAUGAUGAUAGAAAUGGUGAGCCUGAAGGAAAAGGGCGGCAGUGACAGAGAGGCGAUCACCAAACUCCAACAGGAGACCGGGACCCUGAGGGAGAGGGUUGCCGUGCUGGAAUCACAGAUUCAUGGCGGGAACUUCCCACCGAACCAGGCCGAACAACAAUCGAUUGAUACCGGUUCUGUGCUGAACCAACGGGCUGAUGACGUCAGUGUUGACGACAGCGAGCUGCUGAGUAAGAACGACAGUGUGGGAGGACUACUGCGCAGGCGCAAGAGAGACUCACCGACCCCAAAUUGGGUUCGACUUCCCAUUGGGCCCUCAGGCUGUCAGUCCGGACGAGACGGACGAGAUGGGAUACCUGGUCAGGCUGGUGCUGCCGGCCUUCCUGGUGCUGCCGGACAAAAAGGAGAGACCGGACCACCCGGACUUAAGGGGGAGCCAGGCACAGAGUAGCGGAGUCAGAAAGGGGACAGGGGAUACACGGGCUCCACGGGUCCUAAGGGACCAGGUAAAACAAUACACAUAGGUGGCG